UUCGAUGCACCGAAAUAAUUGGGUACCUCCUCUCACCCUUCCUCACAAAUCAUGAGCUUCAAAUGUCUCUAACUGACGAAGGUUAUCGAACUGGUUACCACACCCCACAACACAAGUCUCACCUCUGAAAAGAAUAGUUAAUUUGUUUCAGUGUUGACCUCUCUCUCAAAGAGCAGGUCCUGUAUAAUUAUCUCUUCUCUUAGCAAUGUGAACAUUCCUCUCAUUCACUGCCCAAUAGAUGCACAUUUUGACUGGAGAGAUCUUCGUUCGAUACGAAGGAUAAACUUUUUUUUUUGGUGACGCUAUCAGAGGAACAAUGCGUUUUAUUCCAGUAACAAAGCCAUAUGUUCUGCUUCUCUCUUCUGGAUUAAUCCUGAUUGUAGGGUAUUGGAUCUUCUGGUUGUUAAGUGAAAAAAUCAGCAGAUGUAUUCCAGUUGAAGAUGACACACUGAGCACCAGCCCAGAGUAUCAAGAGUUCACGUUCAGGACCAAAGAAUGGAACAUGGUCAUUCCUGACAUGUCAUCAUACAAUCAGCCCAGAAUCUUGGUGGGACGUACGGAUGUGGUAUCAGUGACCCCAUGGUUGGCACCCAUUGUCUGGGAAGGUACCUUUGACCCAGUGCUCAUUGACAACAUCUACAAGCCCAUGAACCUCACCAUAGCCACCACAGUGUUUGCUGUAGGAAAAUAUGUCAGCUUCCUCAAAGAUUUCCUGGAGACUGCGGAGAAACACUUCAUGAUCAACUUCAGGGUGCGCUACUAUGUUUUCACUGAUCGUCCCAAUGAAGUUCCUUCAGUGAACCUGAGUGGAGGGAGACAUCUGACAGUGAUCUCAAUCCCAGGUUCAAACCGCUGGCAGGAGAUUUCAGCGCAGAGGAUGAAGAUCAUCCACAACACCAUCGAAACUCAGAUCCGCAAGGAGGCCGACUACAUCUUCUGUCUUGAUGUGGACAGCAAGUUCCAUUUUCGUUGGGGUUCAGAGUCUCUUGGAAGGCUGGUGUCUGUGAUUCACCCAGGCUACUAUGAUACAACUCGUAACAACUUCCCAUAUGAACGGCGUCCAGCCUCGAAGGCCUUUAUGUCCAUGGACCAGGGUGAUUAUUACUAUGGUGGAGCCGUGAUCGGAGGGCUUGUGGAGGAUGUGUACAAACUAACUAAGGAAUGUCAGAAAAGAUUUGAAGAGGAUGCCAAGAAUUCCAUCGAGGCCGCUUGGCAGGAGGAGAGCCACCUCAACAGGUACCUGUACUACAACAAGCCCAGCAAGGUGUUGUCUCCAGAAUAUCUGUGGCAAGACUUCAAGGCCAGAACAAAAGAAGUCAAAGUGAUUCGCUUCUCUGGGGUCAUUAAAAACUAUGCUGCAAUUCGUCCCAAUGAAUAAAACUAAAAUGUGGAUAGAGAAAUUAAAUAACUCAUUAGAUAAAAUGCAUUCAUUGAAACCAAAGAUGUAAUCUUAUACCAAUGGUUUUCUUUUCUUUUUACCAAACCUUAACAAUGUUGACUAUUUUACUUUUGAAUGACCAAUGCCAAUGCAAUCAAUUGGAUUAUAUGCAAUGGUAUCAACAAAGAAAGUGGAGAACACCACUUAGCUUUGUACACUGUGGCCAGGCUACAUGAUCUGUGAUUUCAGUGAACAUGGUUGGUCAAGACAUGGUCAGAGCCUACUUUACCACUCCUAUGUGAAAGACAAAGUGAAGUUGGACAGGAGCUGAGAAUUCAUCAGGCAAACUGGUCAAAAACUGCCACUUUUCGGCUUGAAUAAAAUGCUUUUCUAAAUCGAAAGUGGAGCCGCUGCACUUGUUUGAAAAGUUCUGUGGUAAUGUGACCUCGCCACAUGUUAACUGGCUGCAUGGAAUCGCUACUCAGAAUGGUGCUGACCCUCACUUUUAAUUUAGUUCAUUAAAACACAAUGACUGGUUAUUUUAGGUUAUAUUGAAGUUUAGGUUUAUGAUUGUGGGCAAUGGUGGGAUUCUGUUACUGCUUCACAGUUCAGCUGUGUCAUUUGUUUGAGGAAAAGUAUAGUUUGUUUUGUGAGAAAAAGUGACUGCCAGUGAUUGCUAGUCAUAAUUUCCUGUAGAUGCUUCAGCCUCUGUUGCAUUAACUGGACUAUUCAGAAAUCUAGAGAAGUAACAUUUGUAUAUAUUCUGCUGUUGCUCUUGGUCAACUGCUGUUUGUAGGUACAAUCAAUGUCAAACACUGUGCUCUCUCUAUUUCAUUCUUUUCAAAUGUAUUAAAAA